UUCAUUCAUUCCUAGCUUAUUAUUGCACUACUACAUUACAUACAUAUUACUCUAAUUAAUUUAAUUUCUCAAAUAAUUAAAUAAAACUAUAUAUUAUUAGACAUGGCUGCAGUUAAGGUUCCAACGGUGGUGCUUCCCAACGCCUCUGGCGAAGUGAGUAUGCCGGUGAUAGGGAUGGGAUCAGCACCUGACUUCACAUGCAAGAAAGACACUAAGGAGGCCAUCGUUGAGGCCGUCAGGCAAGGCUACAGGCACUUCGACACGGCCACCGCCUACGGCUCCGAGCAGGCCCUCGGAGAGGCCUUGAAGGAGGCUAUUCAGCUUGGUCUCGUCACCCGCCAAGACCUCUUUGUCACUUCCAAGCUUUGGGUCACUCAUAACCUUCCUCACCUUGUUCUCCCUGCUCUCCGUAAAUCACUCCAAACUCUUCAACUGGAUUACUUGGACCUGUACCUGAUUCACUGGCCGCUAAGCUCUCAGCCAAAGUUUCAAUUCCCAAUUGAUGUGCAAGAUCUGCUUCCAUUCGAUGCGAAGGGCGUGUGGGAAUCCAUGGUAGAAUGCCAGAAACUAGGCCUCACCAGAGCCAUCGGAGUCAGCAACUUCUCCGUCAAGAAGCUUCAGAAUCUGCUCUCUCUUACCACCAUCCCUCCUGCAGUGAACCAGGUGGAGAUGAACCUCGCCUGGCAGCAGAAAAAUCUCAGAGACUUCUGCAAGAAACACGGCAUAGUCGUGACCGCAUACUCACCGCUGAGGAAAGGAGCAAGCAGGGGCCCCAACCAAGUUAUGGAGAACGAUGCACUCAAAGGGAUUGCGGAUUCUCAUUGCAAGUCCAUAGCGCAGGUUUCACUCAGAUGGCUCUAUGAAAAUGGUGUCACCGCUGUGCCAAAGAGCUACGACAAGGAUAGGAUGAAGCAGAACCUCAACAUCUUUGACUUUUCUUUGACGGAGGACGAUCACUUCAAGAUCAGUCAGAUCACUCAGAACCGUCUCAUCAGUGGACCAACCAAGCCCCAACUCCCUGAUCUCUUUGAUGAUGAUAUCUAGAUCUAAAUUAUUCAAUAAAUCGUCUUCGUCUCUGCUUAAUUCCCUUGUAAUUAAGCUCUGCAUUCACCACUAUCCAUCAUCAAAGUUUUGUUUUUUAUCCCUCGUGUAUUGGCUGUAAUAUUUGACUAUGGGAAGUUCCCAGGAAAUAAGAGAAACGUGAGAUUAUUAUUA